CAAUGUCGAGACCCAUAAUCCUSUCUCUGCGUGAUUCUGCCGUUGGGUGCUCUUCAGUAGUAAGACUCUCAAAGGACGUGAUUUCGAAGGAUUCUAUUUGAGUAUUGAGGUAACAAGGUAUUUUCCCCAGAAUGUCUGAGAAACAAGUAGGACUUCCUCAAGAUGCACCACCRCCAUAUGCCAACACUGAUCUUUCAGGACAGCARAAUCCUACAUAUGGAUACCCUCCUCAKGGUCAACCAGGRUAYCCUCCYCAGGGUCAACCAGGSUACCCUCCUCAGGGUCAACCAGGCUACCCUCCCCARGGUCAACCAGGGUACCCACCACAAGGGUACCCAGCACAGUACCCCCCUGCAACUGGUCAACCUGGAUAUCCCGGGUAUAAUCAACAGCCCAUGCCCGCUGGAGGCAUGCAUUCUACACAAUCCACAAAUGUUACAGUUGUUCAAACUGGUGGACCAAUGGUAGUUGGUGCAGUAUUCCCCCCUGAUUACUGUGGACUGGCUUGGUUUGCUUGUUUGUGCUGUUGUUGGCCCAUUGGAAUUUGUGCUAUUAUCAACUCAAACCAUGCACGUGAUGCUAUCGUUCAAGGUGACUUGGCCAUGGCAAACACAUACAGUCAAUUAGCAAGAAAAUAUGCGUACAUCGCAAUUGGCUGUGGCAUUGUCUUGUACAUCAUAGGGGUUAUCUUAAGGGUUGUUGUAUACUCUGCUUAUAUUGCUACUUCCAAUGAAUAUAACUAAAGCUGUAAACUGCUUGUGAGUUUAAUGUUACAUUAGAUUUUUGGUAUGCAAAUAGAUUUUUUAUCAACAAACUUAUAUUAACAGUAAAUCAAUCCUCUCAUAAACAACAUCAUGCAUGAAAGCACAAGACACAAGGCAUUGCUAAAUGUAGAGACGUGCUUUUGUACAUCAUUUGUCUCUUAUAUGUUAUAAUAUAAAUGUUAGUGAAAGCAGAAAUAGGGAAAGUACUCCUAGAUAAAAAGCCAAACGAGUUCAUUGUUUAUACAAAUACUUUGGGACUAAGUCAAGUUCAGCUUUAGCACUAGAAAAAUAUUGUAUAAUCUCUCUAUAUAUUCACUUACAAUGUUUUGGUUAAGGUAUUCACAGACCCUGACAAGACCUAUGGCAUAGGUGCAUACUUAAAGUAGAAAUAAAAUCGUCUUUUAAAAUAUGUAUUGAAGCAUUUAUAAAUAUCAUUGUAGUUUUAUGCUACUUAUAAGUUGUCUGUAUUAAAGCUGAAAUUCUAAACAUU